AUGCCAGAGGGAGGGGGCAAGCCACUGCCGUCCGCUGGACGCGUUUGCUGGCGGCUCGUCUACCCCGCUGACGUACAAAUCCACUCGUUGCUGCUGCUCAUAGCCGCGGCCCUCUUCCGCAACGGCAUCCACGGUGACCUCACGUUCGAUGACCACCUCGCCAUUGGCAGGAAUGCUGACGCGUGGGCAAACAAGAAAUCGCUCGGCUCCAUCUUCUACAAUGACUUCUGGGGCAAGGAACUGGACCGCUUCGAGUCGAACGGGUCGUACCGUCCCAUCACCGUGCUCACCUUUCGCAUCCAACACUGGUUGAUGGGCUACCACCACAGCCCCGCCUUCCUCCACAGCUUCAACUACACAAUUGCGUACCUCAACGUGUGCCUCGUGUUUUACCUCGCUCGCUUGUACGUCUACGUCGUGGUGCCCGGCGCCGUGCUCGCCGUCGAGAAUGCCAAGGCGCUGUCCUUCACGGCUGUGCUGACCUCUCCGGUUUAUGCGGUGCCCUUCAUGGCGGCUCUGCUGUUCCUCGUGCACCCCGUUCACGUCGACGCCGUCACGUCCAUCGUGGGCCGGUGUGAGCUGCUCUACUGCUUCUUUGGGCUUAUCGGAUUCUUCUGCACGCACUGGUAUCUGAACCAAGUCGAUGAGACUGCCGACACGGCCUCAGUGACGGCAGCCGUCUCGGCUGCACCUGCAAAGACCAAGGCGUUUUCAACUGCCUCCGCAGCCGCAAAGCAAGUUUACAGGAGGCGCAAGCAGCAGACGAGCUCGCAGCAGCGCAUCUUUACAACUCGCUACAUCCUCUUCGCGGCCUACGCCCUCAUCAUCAGCAUUCUCUGCAAAGACAGUGCCAUCACGUUCACCGCUAUCUAUGGCGUUCACGCGUGCGUCAUGUACGCCUGUGGACGGUGCCAGGGGCGGCGCUCCUUGCUCGUUAUUGCCGUGGCGGUGCUGGAGCUGGUCGGCUACAUAGCCUUCCGCCGGCGGUUCAUUGGGCGUAUUGACCUGCAGAAGAACCCCCUGCUGCGCCAAACCGAAAACCCGCAGUACUUUGUGCCGAAAGGCCUCUUUCACUGGCUCAGCAUUCGGUGGGUGAUUCAGGUGAAGAACUUGGAGCUGCUCUUCUUCCCCACGUCACUGUGCUGUGAGUACAGCUUCAACUGCAUCCCGCACAUGUACGACAUGCGCGACCAUCGCGUGCCGUACUUCAUGAUGGUCACCGGCGCUGCUUUGAUCACACUGCUGGGCCUCCUGUACGGAACGCUCGCGUCCCGUUCUCGCGUGGCGCUCGUGGGCCUCGCCGGGUUCCUCUGGAUGGCGAUUUCGUACGCCCCGGUCAGCCACCUCUUCAUCGCCGUUGGCACCUUCAUCGCGGAGCGCUGUCUGUACGUGCCGUCCAUCGGUGCGGUGCUGCUCAUCACCUUCAUCGUGGGCGCCCCGGGGCUUCGCAAGGGGGUCAUGUCUCGCUACUUCUACGGGCUGCUGCUGCUGUGCGUUGGCUGGGGUAUCUUCUCCCACCGGCGCAACGAGGACUGGCUGACCGACGAGCGCCUGUUCCGCUCCGCGGUGCGGACCUGCCCGAACAGCGGCAAGGCCUACUCGCAGCUAGCGGCGCUUAUCUCAAGUCGCGAGCGGGGCCUCACCACCGAAGUUGUCGAGCUGGCCAAGCGUUCGGUCGAGCUAGACUCGAAGCUGCGCGAUGGCUACUACUACAUGGCAGUGAACGAGGUUAACAAUAACCAAAACAUGAGGAAGGCGCACAUCUACCUCCGCCGGUGCAUGGAGGACCCGUUCGCCUUCAACACGUGCCUUGACUCGUACGAGAAGGUGAACCGCGCUCUCUUUCCCAAUAUGACAGAGGUAGAGAAGCUCGUCGACUACGCCUCGCUGAUGCGGUUGGAGUCGCAGAAGGCGACGCACCUCCGCCAGGCGGGCGUCAUCGCUUUGCAGAUGUACAAGAAGCCUUGUCUCGCGCAGCAGCUCUUUGACAAGGCCAUGACCCACUGGAACAAUUCGAAGCUGUACUGGAUCUCGGAUGAGGUGAAGCGGGAUUCUGGUGAUGUCACCUACUGCAACGCGCUCUACUGGUACGAGCAGUCCACGUUGCUGUGUGAGCCACAAAACGCGGGUGACAUGGUCGAGUCGGAGAUCGCGGCGGACAAGGAAGAUGGUGAUGCCGAUGAUGUCGACUCUAGCAGCUCCAAGGCGUCGAGGAAGGGCGGCCCUCUCGCGCCGCAGGAGGCAGCCCAGCGGGCAGUCGCCUUAGCGGAGCGCUUUCGUGCUUGCGGCACCGACUGGCAUCAGGUUCUGUCGGAGCCGAAGUACAACCUCCCCACCGUACCUCACCGCAUGACGCAGUACCUCACCGUUGGCGAUGCAACAGGCAGCGUGCUCGAGCACUACAUCAACUAUACUGCGGUGGACACGCCAGAGCGGAACGAGGUGCUGCUCAUGAUCUUGGACAUUACCGUGCGGCAGUACUGCCACAUCCACACGCUGAUGAACGACGCUUACGUUCGUAAGACGGUCGGCAGCACGUUCAAACAUCAUCUGCAGUCCGUCGAGAAUGGGUUUCCGCUCUUCCAUCAGGAGCGCCUGGCUGACAUGCGCACGGUGCGGCGCGAGCUCAAGAUGGCGACGACACUCAAUGCCACACAGCAGCACACGCUGCAGCGUAUCGUGUCCAUGGCGUCUUGCUCGAGUGAUAUCUCAUUUUUGGUUGUUUAA